AUGCAAAUGUGUUGCACGCCAUUAUAUGCACUUUGUUGUACGAACAAUACUGUCUGGUCUUGCCCACAACCGCCACCGGGUUGCCGUGACCUGCCUUACCACCUAUACGAGAUGACCGACGCUCGUUUGAACAUACCUAGCGACUCGAUGCGCCUCAUUACAACUAAUUAUGUAAUUUUCCGCUAUACUGGAAAUGUAGAAAGUAUGGAGAUAAAAGCGGAGGGAGUGCUGGACGGUACACUGGUUCCGCGGCCGGUUAAGGAGCGCAAGAAGCAUGACCGGUUCAACGGCAUGAGCGAGGAGGAAGUGUCCCGCCGCACCCUGCCAGACCACCUCGCUGAAAACCUCGACAUCAUCAUUAUUGGCAUAAACCCCGGAUUGUUUGCGGCGUACAAAGGACAUCACUACGCAGGCCCUGGAAAUCAUUUCUGGAAGUGUCUCUAUCUCUCUGGACUGACAAGGGAGCAGAUGAGCGCGGAUGAAGACUACAAGCUACUGAACUUCGGCAUCGGUUUCACGAACAUGGUGUCUCGCCCCACCAAGGGAUCAGCCGACCUCACUCGGCGGGAGAUCAAGGAGGGGUCCGCCAUCUUGUUGGAGAAAUUGCAGACCUUCCGUCCGAAGGUGGCCGUAUUCAACGGGAAGCUGAUUUAUGAAGUGUUCUCCGGGAAAAAAGACUUCUGUUUUGGAAAACAACCUGACACAAUUGCUGGGACAAACACUUAUAUGUGGGUGAUGCCAUCAUCAUCUGCGCGCUGUGCCCAACUGCCUCGCGCAGCGGACAAGGUUCCCUUCUAUGCGGCCCUCAAGAAGUUCCGCGACUACCUCAACGGGCUCGUGCCCCACGUCGAGGAGGCAGAGCUCGUGUUCCCGGACAACACCAGCCGACGCCCACAGGAGGAGAUGGAGAUUCGCAGCGCUUACCGCUCCCCCGACCCCUUAAACUCAACCGGCCAAGCCGGCAAAACAAAGGCAGAAGCAGUGAGCGAAGCUCCUUGCAGACUGACGAUGGAGCCGGAGCCGGGAGACACCAUCAUCCUGGAAGACGGCACCGAGGUCCCUCUCAAAAAGAAGCGGGGAAGACCCAAGAAGAUCAAGCUGGAGAACGGCGAGACGGCACCGGUGACACCCCGCGCACCCCGAGCCCCGCGUCCACCCCCGCAGCUAGAUUCUAGCGGUGGUGAACAGCCCCCAAAGAAGAAGCGAGGAAGACCGAAGAAGAUUCGCCCUGAGGAGCAACAGUUCUUGUUGCAGCACCAGCAACAUCAACAACAGCAGCAAGCGAACACGCUGGUAGCAAGCGGCGGCAACCCGCUGAACACGCUGCAGCCCAUCCACGCGCACGCGCACGAGGGCGGCUACAUGUCGCACGGCGCGCCCGCCGACUUCCCCCAGCAGCUGCCCUCGCCGCUCGCUCAGGCUCCGCUGCUCUACCCGCACCAGCAGCAUCAACAGCAUCAGCAGCACCAGCAGCUCGGCGGCGACACUCCUAACUACUUCCAGCAACAGCCGCCCAAUCAAGGAAUGGACUCUCCCCUGGACGUGUCGAACCCCCUGGCGGGCAUGGGGCGCGGCUACUCGUCCCCGGGCGGGGGCGGCGCGGGCUACGCGGCGUCCCCCCGCGGCGUGUACGCGUCGCCGCGCUCGCAGGGCUACUCGCCCAGCCCCGCGCGCCCCGCCGGCACCCCGCAGCCGCAGUUCCCGUCGAGCCCGGCGGCGUUCUCGGCGCCGUCCCCCCCUCGAGCUGGUGGCGCGGGGGGCGGAGGCGGCGGGGGCUACGGCUCGCCCGCCCCUCGCGCCGCCCCCUUCAGCGGCCGCAGCCCGCUGUACGCGCACAGCCCCGCGCCAUACCAGCACCAGGCGCAGAGCCCCGCCCCGCCAGCCCCGACGGCGCGCUUCUCGCAGUCACCGCACCCCCACCACCCGCACCCCUACUCGCACUCGCCCGCGCCACAGUCUCAAGGCCGGCCAUUUUCCCGGUCACCUGCGCCAGUGGGUGUCAACGUGGUGGGAGGCACCACGCCCUUCCCGGCCGCUUCCCCGGCCGGACAGGGGCUGCACAGCUAUACGCCUUCGCCAGCCCACACGCCUUACAGUCAACACUCGUCUCCGGCCCCGCCACCUCGAACUCCAACGUACACGGAGCCCCACCACUUCACCAACGCCAGUGGGGGUAGCUUCAGCGGGGAGCUGUCGAGUGAGAUCGGCGCGGCGAUAUCGUCGCCCGGGCCGGUGUCGCCCGGCAUGGCGGCGCUGGACUUCGAGCCCCCUCGUGACCCGGACCCUGAGCGCGACGCCAGUCCCAUGGGGAGCACGGACAUGCAUCCCGGAUCUAACAGUAACUCUUCGCUUUCGGAUUAUAACAAGACGUCUGCGGGCAGCGAGAUGUCCCCGGCGGGCGUGAACAACAACUCGUUCGGCGGCGCGCUGUACGAGGGCGAGCAGCGCCUGCAGUACCCGCACCUGCACCACACGCACAGCCCCACGCAGGACAAGCAGGACCACUAUCAUUACCGGCAGGACCAGGGCCCAGGUGUAGCAGAGAGCCCGCGGUUAGACCAACUACACCAGCACCCCUCCAUGUACCCUAGCAAUUUUAAUAGCAGGUCGAGCCCGGCGGGCGGCGAGGCCUUCUCCCCGCUGGCGGCGGGCGGCUUCCGGCCACCCGACGCGCACACGCCACACACCCCGCACACCCCGCACGGGGACCACACGCCUCAUCACCACCAGCCCGGUUCACCGGGCGAGUAUGCUGGUGCGGUGAAGACUAAGGCACAGGACGUGGCGUCCAAAUCGUUAUCAGGGCUGGAGUCUCUGGUGGACCAAAUCCCGUCCAUCGCGGAGGGCCAGGGGGCGGGCGGUGUGGGUGGUGCGGGGGCGGGCGCUGCGGGGCCCGGGGCGGGGUCGGCGCCCGCGCCCGAGCAGGCCCCCGCGCCUGUCACGGCGCUGCCCGACUACGCGUCCGCGCUCUACCCGCCCUACGGAGCCUAUGGCGGUGCGGCCUAUGGGAAUAAUGGGUACGGCGGUCCUUUCGUGGGCUACGGCGGGGGCUGGGGCACUGCGGUGAUGCGGCCCACGCCGGGCUACCUGUCGGAGUGGCAGUACGGCUACCCCGCGGGCGUGCCGGCGGGCUACGCGCCCUACAACACGCCCUACUACAACGGCUACGCCGGCCCGCCGCCCGCGCACCAUCAACAGACGCACUACUUAUCGGCCCCUCCGCUGAUCGACCUGCACAAGAACGGCGAGCACUCCGCGGGAGUGCCGGCCGUGCCCUCCGUGCCCUCCGUACCCUCUGUGGGCUUCGGCGGGUUCUGUUAG